CGGCGUGGCCCCGGCUGUCCGCGCGGAGGCGGGAUGGGAGAGUUCAACCCUUCCCGCCGCCUCCGCCGUGACUGUUGUCGCAGCAGGAAGACUCACGGCCUCAGUGGUGCCCGCGGCCGCUGCAGCCCCUGUCCCGAGCGACGGCUCGGAGCUGUUCUAGGUCGGGGUGCGAGAAGCAGAGCAGCGGCCAUUACUGCGCAGCCUCUUCCGCCGGUCCGCAUCGCGGCCUUUGGUGGUGGCCGGGUACCUUCUCAUCCCCCUCGGCGGUAGUGUCAGGCCUCUAUCUGGAAGAUCUUGUCCUUAGAGCUUAGACAAAGAAUGAGCCAGCAGGAGAAGAGAACAUCCUGCAAGCUGACUGACUGCUGGUGAUGAUGUAUUUUUAUGUCAGGCAUCUGUGGGAUCUGUAGUAGAAAUGAUGGCUGGCUGUGGUGAAAUUGAUCACUCAAUAAACAUGCUUCCUACAAACAGGAAAACCAAUGAGUCCUGUUCUAGUACCACACCUUCUCUAACUGUCCCUGAAUGUGCCAUUUGUCUGCAAACGUGUGUUCACCCAGUCAGUCUACCUUGUAAGCAUGUUUUCUGCUAUCUGUGUGUAAAGGGAGCUUCGUGGCUUGGAAAGCGAUGUGCCCUCUGUCGACAAGAAAUUCCUGAGGAUUUCCUUGACAAGCCAACCUUGUUGUCACCUGAAGAACUCAAGGCAGCAAGUAGGGGAAAUGGAGAAUAUGCGUGGUAUUACGAAGGAAGAAAUGGGUGGUGGCAGUACGAUGAGCGCACGAGUAGAGAGCUGGAAGAUGCUUUUUCCAAAGGUAAAAAGAGCACUGAAAUGUUAAUUGCUGGGUUCCUAUAUGUUGCUGAUCUUGAAAAUAUGGUUCAAUAUAGAAGAAAUGAACAUGGACGUCGCAGAAAGAUUAAACGGGAUAUAAUAGAUAUACCAAAGAAGGGAGUAGCCGGACUUAGGCUGGACUGUGACUCUAAUACCGUAAACCUAGCAAGAGAGAGCUCUGCAGAUGGAGCGGACAGUGUAUCAGCACAGGGUGGAGCUUCCAUUCAACCUCUGGUGUCUUCUUCGGCAAGGCCUCUAACAUCAGUAGAUGGUCAGCUAACAAGCCCUGCAACACCAUCCCCUGAUGCAAGCACUUCUCUGGAAGACUCUCUUGCUCAGUUACAACUCAGUGGAGACAGCAUAGCCGAAAGGAGUCAUAGAGGAGAAGGAGAAGAAGAUCAUGAAUCACCAUCUUCUGGCAGGGUACCAGCACCAGAUACCUCCAUUGAAGAAACCGAAUCAGACACCAGUAGUGAUAGUGAAGAUGUGUCUGCGCUUGUUGCACAGCACUCGUUGACCCAACAGAGACUUCUGGUUCCUAAUGCAAACCUGACAGUAUCUGACCGGCCAGAGCGGUCUGGGACUGACCGAUCUGUAGCAGGGGGCGGAACAGUGAGUGUCACUGUCAGAUCUAGAAGGCCUGAUGGACAGUGCACAGUAACUGAAGUUUAGAUAAAAGCCUUCAGCCCAUGCUCAAGGUUGAAAUGGUUCUCUGUAAAUUUCUGCCACGUGGCAUUAUACUCAUCCCUGGUAGUGCACUGUGGGGGUGGGAAGGGGUAUGGGAAGGACAGACCUGUAAUUAAAAUGUCUUAACACAUCUGUUGAGAAAUUUAUUUAAUGUAAGGAACUUGGGUGUUAAUAGUUGAGAGCCAUUUAGUAAUAACCCAGUUUUCUUGAGGUCUGUUUAUUUUAUACCUUUUUGUUUAAGUUCCUUAGUUCUUUUGGCCAGUGUGUGUAUUAUCUGUGCAUUAACAGUCCUCAUCUGAUUCUUGCGUUGUGUCUUAUUUUUCUGCAUGGAUUGACAUAAAAUCAUUACUGAGAUUUGGUGCCUAUGAGAUGUUUGAUAUCAGUAUGAGCAGGAAGCUUAUUAAUGUGAGAAUAGAUGUGAAUUUGGAAUUUUAGAAUAACAACCAUUUUAUAGUAGUUUCUGAAAUGGAAAUGUUAAGAAAACAGCUAAUAAGUUUCAGAAUCUCUGUAACACACUCCAUGGUGUUUUCAUAGGCUUCGCUGUCUAGUCCUUGUAGUUUGAGGUUGCCCUCGAUCAACAUUUUUCUUUUUGAGUACAAAUUUAUAAUUUAAUAAAUAUUACAGUUUACCAAAAAUAAUCUGUCUCUUGUUUGAGUCUGGAUAGGGGAUGGAAACAUUCUGACAUUUUAGCCAAGUUUCUAAAAAGGUGAUGGUUUAAAUUGGUGCUGUUCAACUUAAAAUUGUCACUUGCUCAGAAAAAUCUUAUUUCUUAAGAGUAUUUAAGCACAAUGUCCAGGCAGUGUUUGUGGAGCAAAUAUGUAUGGCAAUAAAACUAAAGCCUGAGAGACUGAGAUUUCAUAGAUGAUAGUGGAGACCAGAAAUGUUUUACAUUUUCCUCACAGGUCAUAAGUGGUCUAACACUAAUCUGGGUUAAAUGGUAGGCAUAAACACCAUUAGUGGACACAAAUUCACUUUACAUAAAAUGUUAUGAACCACAAAAUCCACUUUUAUUUGGCAGUUUUUAUAACCUAUGACAUGGUGGGAAGAAUUGCAUUAAUAUGGUAAACUAGCAUUUGGCUCUGAAAAAAGUAAUUUGCCUUAUAUGUUUUCCUAAUUUAAAACAGGAUUAUGAGGAUAAAGCAUAUGCAAGUUAUUAAGAACAUAAUUUUCAAAUGUGAAUUUAAUGCUAUAAUAGCAAAUACAUUACGAUGAAAUUAUCUUUACCUCUUGUGGAUAGAUUAGAAUUAUGACCUAAUUCUUUGACUUACACUCAUUUAUAAAGUCUGUUACUGAGACAGUCAUUUACUUUUAAGAGAUAGUUAUAAAAGAAAGUUUAGCGUUUUCCAGAAAAAAAAUAGAAAUUUGAUACAAAAUGCAAACUUGUUGCAGGAUGCUUCAUCGUCUCUUUCAAGUCUUAUAUAGUGCUUUGAUGUAAGACUACACUUUAAAGCUAUGUGAACAGUAGCAAAAAAACAACUGCAAAAAAAUGUAGAACAAAAUUAUAACUCGAAAAGAAAGGACAGACUUGCUGGCCUGACAGAGACCAGAGAAACCCUAAGAAUACAGCCACUGGGUACCCUUGUCACUCCUGAGGUUCACCCUUCAGCCAAAGAUGGGACAGGCCCAUAAAACAACAUGAGACUAAACGGGCACACCAGCCUGGGGCAGGGACUGGAAGGCAGGAGGGAACAGGAAAGCUGGUAUUAGGGAACCCAAGGUUGAGAAGGGAGAAUGUUGGCAUAGUGGGGGGCUGUUAACCAAUGUCAAAACAAUAUGUGUACUAACUGUUUAAUGAGAAACUAGUUCUGUAAACCUUCAUCUAAAGUACAAUAAAAAGAAAGUAAAAAAGCCAGUUGCAGUUGAGUUGGCAGGAUAGAUCCGUGUUCCACGUGGGAUGUAGACUGCUGGGCCUUUCCUCCACGGUGCCUCUAGGCAGACACAAGGCUCCGAAUUUGGUUAGCAGUUGAGUGUGUUAACUGCUUACACUACCCAGGGACUCCUGAACUCUUCCAUAUGGUGGCUAUCAUUGUUUUGAAGAUAAAAUAGAAAAAUAAUUAAUAAAAAGAUCAAAUAAAUAAGACUUUAAAUUUGUAGUGGAAGGGGUGCUCUAAAAAAAAAAGGGGGGGUAAAAGCACCAGCAUGAUUUUUACUCCAGCAGCUUGGUGUAGAAGAAAAUGACUGAUCAUAUUUCUCUACCCACCCCCCCCUUGUUUUUAAUUGCAAGUUCACUCAGUUAUUUUUGUAAAUAAAACAGAACAAAGACUUCAUGGAAAAUAACCCUGGGAAUAGAUUUUGUGUAGAAGUUACUCCUUUUUAAAAAUGAUUUUUGGUUAUAGGCUAAGAACCACUGUAGCAAUGUGAGAAAUGACGGCAAUAAUUUUUAAGAUGAAUGUGUUGUGUAUUUUAUUCAGAUGUUCUCAAUUACUUGGUAAAUACACAAAUAUACUGAAAACUAAUCCAGAGUUCAGGUAUUAAAGACAUUACAAAUACUAGUAGCAGCCUUCAAAGUAAUUCUGGCAUUUAACUUUUAUGCAUAUUAACCACUGGAGCUUUACUUGUAAUACUUGACAUUUUUAAAAAACAAAUUAUUUAUUAAAUUUUCCUCUCCUGGAAAUAGCCUCUAAAUUUGCAGGUCCACCCCAAACUGUUCCUACAAGAUCUCUUUCAUUCUGUAAUGCCUCCUCUAUACACAGCUCUCUGCCUGAAGAAACAGCCUUUUUCAAAGUUCUAAUUACUUCUGGUGGCCCUUUGAUAAACUGCUGUAGCCAUUCUUGUGCCUCUUCUAGAGACUGAGUUUCAUCUGAAGACUGCAAGACCUCUUCCGCCAGUCCUAUGUUUAAAGCUUUUUCUGAUUCCACUUUGAGGGCACCAGUUAACACUUUGAGAGCCUGUCUACUGCCGAUUAUUUCAACCAACCGAGUAGUGCCACCCCAGCUUGGUAUUAUACCCAUUUCCUUAUGGACAAAUCUGAUCUCACUUCCUGGAGUCAUUAACCUAAAAAAGAGAAAGAAAAAAAAAAAAAAACAACUGCAAUUAUACG